UAGCCACAUCCUUCUGACAUUACACAGAUAAGAAUGUUUGACUAAAACCAGAUUGCUUGACAAGCAGCCUGUGAUUAGGCAUUUAAAAUAUUUCGUGCACAGUACAAUUAUAUAGUAAUUGGGAACAGUAACUUAGUCUUGCAAUUUGGACAACAAGAUGUUUACAACACAAGUUGGAGUGUUUUGGAUUAUUCUGUUGUGUUUCUGUUAUAAGAGUGAAGGCGGUGGCAACGGUGGAAAAGGAAAAACUCCCUAAGAUGAUAUGAGGAAGAAUCUUGAGAAGAACCAGACAAAGAAGGGAACCCAUCCUCACCUGGCCGAAUUUUCUCUCGAGAACCGAACCUGUGUGGCGCUGGCAGGAAGAUCAGUCAUCCACCAGCUUAAAGUCACCAUCCCAGCUAACAGCACCGGGAGCACAAUUAGGUGUUACCAAAACAGUCAAAAAGUAUGGGAACAACUCAUUCAUCGUUCUUCUACUCCAAAAACAAUCCCCUUGACAGCAAAUAUCACCAUGCAUAACAGUUCAUCCUCCGGAGAAUACUACUUCCAGUACAUGGAUAAGAAGCUGUAUUGGGUUGUCCUUGUACGAGAGGAAGGUUAUCUGCCAGAUAUGGAGACUUCUGUCAUCCCUUUGCUGGUUGUCCUCAUUGUUCUGCUGCUUUUCAGCGUCGCUGGAUCAGUUUGUAUCUUUAAGUUGUACAAGAAUCAUUCACAGUCUGAAGGAGAGGGAGAUAAAGGGAAAACCAAAAAAAGAAAGAGGAAUACAGUUGCGACAGAAGGAGCCACGUCUGAUUCAGUGUACAUGGAUCUUGAACACAAGACUGUCUCCGUUUAUGAUGUGCUGAAUGUUGAAGAUAAGAGGAGAGAAAUCAUAGAGAGCCAAACCUCAGUGAAAAAGGCCAAGCCUUCACCAGUAGAGGAGGGGAUAUUUGAAUCAGUUUAUGAAAACCUGUGAUUGAAUAUUAUUUGUAUAUACAGAAGAUAUCUUUAAAAGAUGUAUAAGCUUGAUAAACUUUCAGCUGAUGUGUAGAAUUGUCUGCUGUUUUUUGCCGUUUAUAUAUAAAAGGUGUGAAUAAAAAAUGUGUAAACUCUG